GUUAACCAAAGCUAACCCUACAAAAAAAGAACUAAUAUUAGAGAAUAAGUUACUAAAUGAAAGGGUUGAACAGUUGGAAGAAGAGGUUGAAACUCUUAAAAACCCUGGUACAAGUCCUUUGCGACUCAUACUUAAAUAUCCUGUGCGCCAUCAUUUGCAAGCCGAAAACCCCAAGGUUGAUAAGGAGCAAUCUAACUCCCAACCCCCACCAAGAAAAAAGAGAAAAACUAUGCCUUUCUCCCAGCUUCUAACAAACGAAAGUUCACUACAACAAUUGAGAGAAGCUGAGGAGGAGGCAGAAAAGGUGGCCAAUGAGAAAAAACAUAAAAAAGAAAUUGCUCUCGAAAAACGUAUGGCACGUGAAGCUGAAAAAAUGCAACAGCAGGAAGCACGAAGGCAAAAAAAGGAAGAUGUGGAACGUAUUAGGGCCGAAAAGCAACGUACAAAAAAGAGUAAACCAACAUAA